AGGACUAAAAUCUGAAAGUGGCACUUAAGUAAAUGGCUCAGCUUCCACCUGGAAUUUAUUUGAUCACAUCAUUUACACGAGAUCAGUGGUAUAGGGCUUUCAUAUUUGUCCUGACUUUUAUGUUGUACGCUAGUUUCCACUUAUCAAGGAAACCAAUCAGUAUAGUUAAGGGAGAACUGCAUAAGCAUUGUGCCAUUCCACAAGAUACUGAGCUUAUCAACUACAACAAAUAUGUAUCCCACAAUCAGCCUAUGGAAAGGCCAUGUAAUAAGUCUGGCAGUGGUUGGGAGCCAUUCGAUAAGAGCAACUACAAAGAGUUACUGGGAGCACUGGAUUAUUCAUUCCUCUGUGCUUAUGCAGUUGGAAUGUAUCUGAGUGGUAUAAUAGGGGAGCGCUUGCCUAUACGAUAUUAUCUCACAGGAGGGAUGUUUGCCAGUGGACUCUUCACUGCAAUGUUUGGACUUGGCUACUUCUGUAAUAUACACAACUUGUGGUUCUACAUUGCAGCUCAGAUAGCGAAUGGGUUGGUGCAAACUACCGGCUGGCCUAGUGUGGUUACCUGCAUUGGUAAUUGGUUCGGUAAAGGAAGGAGAGGCUUUAUAAUGGGAUUAUGGAACUCACACACUUCAGUGGGGAAUAUUUUGGGAUCCUUAAUAGCUGGCUCCUGGGUAUCUACCUGCUGGGGUCUGUCUUUUGUAGUGCCUGGCGUUAUUAUAUCUGUAAUGGGAAUAGUAUGCUACCUGUUUCUUAUUGAACAUCCAGAGGAUAUAAACAGUGCAAGUACAUCAACCAAUAAUUCAAAAAGUUACAUGAAUGGAUCAAAUAGAUUCAAUAUUCAGACACCAAAAUUAAGCACUAAGGAAACAAGCAGAUCUCAGUGGCAUCUUAAGCAGGAUCCAGAGAUGCAGUGUCUACUGUCAGACAAUGCGAACUGUGUAAAGCCGCUCAAUCAUAACAGUGGAGUCUGUGAAGGUUAUGAAAAUGGACACUCAGCUAUAAGCUUUACUGGAGCUUUACGAAUACCUGGGGUUGUAGAAUUCUCCCUGUGUCUGCUAUUUGCAAAAUUGGUCAGCUACACUUUUCUUUUCUGGCUUCCUCUGUAUAUCACAAAUGUAGAUAACCUUAAUGCUAAAGAAGCAGGUGAUCUCUCCACACUAUUUGAUGUCGGGGGAAUCUUUGGUGGAAUUUUGGCAGGCAUCAUAUCAGACCGACUAAAGAAAAGGGCAUCAACUUGUGGCAUAAUGCUGUUGAUUGCAGCACCCACACUAUAUGUAUUUUCUGCUGUCAGUAAAAAGGGCCUUGAAGCUACCAUAGUCAUGCUGCUCAUUUGUGGAGCUCUUGUCAACGGUCCUUAUGCACUGAUCACAACCGCUGUCUCCGCUGAUUUGGGUACCCAUAAGAGUCUAAAGGGAAAUGCAAGAGCACUUUCUACGGUUACAGCCAUCAUCGAUGGAACAGGUUCUGUAGGAGCUGCGCUAGGACCUCUGUUGGCUGGUCUCCUCUCUCACACUGGUUGGAACAAUGUGUUUUACAUGCUGAUGGUAGCAGAUGCCUGUGCCUUACUUUUCUUACUCCGUCUUAUAAGAAAAGAACUUCGCUGUGGGAUGGAUCAGACUCUGAGGCCACCUAAAGGCGGCUCCUCCCCUGGCCCGGUGACGCUCUGGGAAAACCCUCGGGAGGACAGUGCACGGAAGUCCAGACACUGGCACGUGACUGUGCCGGCAUCCCUGAAUGGCGCUGCCGUGGCAGCACUGGGAGGAUGGCGUCUGGGGUCCCCCGCCAGUAUCCAUACCACCCUGGCUGAUGUUUAA